CUAGCUUUUAUCAAAGAAGAACCACUCUUAACACCGGCUCGGAACCACAAACCUAGAAUACAUUUAACAGAGGUCUGUGGUCGGAACAUUAUUGCAAUUGCCUCGGAUCCGGGACGAAGUGGGAUAACGCCAUACAACGCCUAACGACAAUAUGAAGGAUAAACUUCACUGUGUUGUGAAAGUGCAUUUGGUUCGGCUACAUGUAAGACAUCAUCUCUCUCUCUCUUAACUGACCCGCGUUGGCUGUGUUUGGAACCUCGCGUGUCAUAUAGCACCAUCAUCUCCAGGCCACCACCGUCACAUGCAAGAGGACACAACAUCCACCAAUGACGUUGUCCGGCGUUCAGCUAGAGAGACACAGCAUCCUACAGGGCUCUCUGUUGACAUGAAGGACAAACUUGACUGUGUUGUGAAAGUGCAUUUAGUUCAGCUAAAUAUGGCACCAUCGUCUCCAGGCAACCACCGUCACAUGCAAGAGGACACAACAUCCACCAAUGACGUUGUCCGGCGUUCAGCUAGAGAGACACAGCAUCCUACACGGCUCUCUGUUGACAUGAAGGACAAACUUGACUGUGUUGUGAAAGUGCAUUUAGUUCGGCUAAAUAUGGCACCAUCGUCUCCAGGCAACCACCGUCACAUGCAAGAGGACACAACAUCCACCAAUGACGUUGUCCGGCGUUCAGCUAGAGAGACACAGCAUCCUACACGGCUCUCUGUUGACAUGAAGGACAAACUUGACUGUGUUGUGAAAGUGCAUUUAGUUCGGCUAAAUAUAGCACCACCGUCUCCAGGCCACCACCGUCACAUGCAAGAGGACACAACAUCCACCAAUGACGUUGUCCGACGUUCAGCUAGAGCUGGGAGGGCACCACCAUCUGAGGGCAAAAAUCACAAUCAAGUCGACACCUCAUUCAACAAUGACGUAAUCCGGCGUUCAGCUAGGACACAGCGGCCUAUACGCUACUUUGUUGACAGUGAUGAUGGUGAUGACGAUGAUGACAGUGAUUACAGUGAUGAUCAUGAUGACAGUGAUGACAGUGAGCCAAAGAGAAAGAGAAGGGCGGUGAAAGGGGGUACUGGAUCGACCAAAUAUGGCGCACCUUUGUCUGAGUAUGAAUUGGAGAGGCUUGAGAACAUUCGCCAGAGUAAGGCCUUCCUUUCAUCUCUCAACCUAUUACAGCUGGCUGACAUGAUGAGACCAAAGUCUGUACCUCGGAAAAAGGUGGUAAGGGAGGCCCUUCCUCCUAGGAAGUCACUGCGUCUGCAGAACAUAGACGUGGACGUUCCAGAAUCUGAGGAAGAGCUCAUCCUGGAGGGGCCUGUCCCAAUGUGCCCUUUGAACCUGAAAGAUGGGAGUUCACUUCCUGAGGAGUUGGUCCGUCUGUGGACUGAGGAACCUGUCAAGCAAGACAGAAAAUGGAAAGGAAUGAAAAUGGACUUGGAGAGUUACAAGGAGGGCCUUCAGAAGAUGGGGAUACAGGAGGAUGGUGUUGCGAAGGUGGUGCAGCAAAUUAUCUUCUCAGCAGCUUUCCAUCCCUGUGACAGCAGUCUGCUAAUGGCCGCUGGGGACCUCUGGGGCAAAGUGGGCAUCUGGAAUCCGGAGGCUAGCUGGGGGGACAAUGGAGUUCUGAUCUUCAGACCACACACCAGACAGAUCACCUCCAUGAAGUUUUCAAACUCGCAACCGUCGACCCUCAUCACUACCAGUGCUGACGAGACUGUACGGGCUGGAGAUGUGGAACGCGCCACUUUUGAUGAGGUGUGCCGUUUUAAGGACGUGAGGAGCUUUGAUUUCUUGUCGGACGACUGCACCACAUUACUCUUAGGAAACAAAUGGGGACGUGUUACCAUCUGCGACAUGCGCACUCGAACGUCAUCACAUGAGUCUUUCUAUGCUAUGGAUCCCUUCUCAAAGAAGAUUAUGCGCUGUGUCCACGUUCAUCCUGUACACCGGAUGUACUUUUUGGCAGCUGGGAUCAAUGGGGUCCGUAUUCAUGAUGUACGGUACCUGAAGAAGGAGUCCAACCAGGCUGUGUCGGACCUGAGGGGGGAGGCUUUUGUAAGCGGUGCCUACUUCUCUCCUGACACAGGAAACCGAGUACUUGGUACCUGCAAUGAUGACACACUCAGGGUGUUUGACACAUCACAGAUGAUCUCUUCACCACCCCUCAUCACCACCAUCCCGCACUCCAACCUUGUUAAAAGCUGGCCCAAUAUCCAGGCCAUGUGGGACCCCAAACAGGAUGACUGCUUUGCUGUGGGCUGCAUUGGAUCGCCACCCAGAAUUAAAGUUUUCCACGAGAGUGGCGAGCUGCUCCAUACAUUCGAAAUCCCACACGAAAUGGCGACAGGCGCGUGUAACAUUGUGGCAUUCCACCCCACCAGGUUUGCACUGCUUGGGGGAAAUUCCCGUUCCAGGCUCCAUGUCUUUACAUAAACCACCUGCACCUUUUUAAUAUUGUGUAAUUUACUAUUUAAUUGAUUUUUAAAUAUAAAAGACAGGCUUGUUUGGGCCUGUAUGACUUUAUUUUGAGUGGACAGUGUGAGCCACGGCAACCACUUCAAAUUAUUUGAAACUUUCUAAGUUUCCAUUUUCAUUAUGUCUAGUUGCCUGAAAUCUGUCCUGUUUGCCGUUUUGCAGCUAACAUUUUUACAGUUUUUUGUAUUUCUGUAUUUUGUGCUGAGCAAUAAUAAACCUGAAUUUUCUGUGAAGACUUUGGACUGCACAUCUACCCAUGAAUGCACGA